CCCAACUGAUAUGUUUGAGAAUUCGCUGUUGAUCAUAAAGCCGGACUAUCUGGACAAGCGGCGUCCGGUGCUUCUGAAGUUGCUAGCUGAGGGAUUUCAGCUCCAGGGCAAUCGUAGGAUUGCCUUUUCGCCGGAAUCUGCCGCCGAGUUCUAUGCUGAUUAUGCCGACGAAAAGGGCUUUAUGUUGGAGGUCAUUCUGCUUUCGAAGGGCGUUUCCGAGGCUUUUAUCGUUACCAAAGACAAUGCCGUGCAGGAGUUGCUGAACAUCAUGAUUUGUUAUUUUGGUUCGGCUUCAGAUCUGGAACGCAAUAUUCAUGUUACCAAAAAUAGCCGCAGCGUGGCCCGUGAAAUAAACUUUAUUUUUCCUAACUAUAUCCAUGAGCCCCAUCAGAUGUUCGACCACAAUAACUUCUGCAAUCGUUCGAUGCUGAAGCCGCUGAUCGAGGAGAUCUACAGUGUGAUGCAGAAUGUAGACUGCAGCCAGGAAAACUGGAAGGUGCGGCUGUCCGAUUAUUUGGUGCGCAGCAACCCAAAGAUGCCCCAAAUCAGCAACCAGUGUCAACUGCGACCGGAUGUGGGCAUCCAGGACAAGUCGCAGCAGACCACCAUGACCUAUGCCCCGAUGCCGAGUGUAAGUGGUGUGAAGCCGCGAGCCAAAAAGUCACAGAGCAGCGGUUCGCCCUUGUCCUCGACCUCACCGCACUCAUCCAUGCUGCUUUCGUCCUCCUCCUGUGUCACCUGCGGAGGAUUCGAAAGGACCGAGACCUGCAUCUCGGAACUGGAUCUCAAUAAGCGAGUGGAACCGCACGAUGAGGAAGCAGUUUGCGUGGACGAAGAGAUCCUGUGGAAGGAGGUGGUGGUCUAUGAGGAAAUCCAGCCGGAGGAGGAGCAGGAGUCCAAGGAGGGACCAGCUUAUGAUAUGGGGGAAGAGGGUCAGGAAGAGGCGGAUGGGUCGGAUGUGGAGUCAGACAAGAGUUCCCAUGAGGCAGCACCACCACCAGCCGCAGCAGCUGAAGAUGUGGAGUCGGAGCCGGGUGAUGCAGCCACUGGAGAACCUGUUCCUGCUCCGGCAGAGGUUCCUCCUUCGGCAGAGGCUCCUCCUCCGGCAGAGGCUCAACCCCCGGCAGAGGCUCCUACUCCGGCUCAAGAAGCUCCUCCUGCUGAAGCUCCACCCGCAGAAGAAGCUCCUGCAGCUGAGGAACAACCCGAAGAAUAAGUUAUAUUCUCCAGUACACCUGUUGCCGCAUCUUUUGUUUGCCUGAAACAUAGAAAAAAAAUGGACUUGAAUGCGCGCAAUUUCUGCAGCUUCCCAUUGCACCAGUAAAACCACCUUCAAAUGCCAAAUGCGCACUCGCAGAAUUCGGGAGGAGGUCCUGCAUUUUUUCCCCCGAAAAGUGCAACCUACACAGCGGCAAUAUCAACAGGAGCCACAGACACGGCAGCAACAGCUUUGAAACCUCAAACUUCCCGCCAGCAACAUUGCAAAAAAGCGGUCCAUGUUUUUUUUUGUGCGCCUUUCAAGUUUCCAAUAAAAAACGUGGAAAAAUAGAACAAA